AUGAGCAAGCCUAAUACCGUAAGUCAAGCACUUGGUGAGAUCGAAAAAGCUUACGCGACUAUUUUGUCAAAGCUCCCAUUAACCAAUGAGGGUACUGAAUCCACCCCAAAGCGAGCUGCCAAAGCUUUAGUUGAGCUAACCCAAGGCUAUUUUACAACGCCUUGCGAAAAAAUCGGAGAAGGCAUUUUCCCACAUGACGGUUCAGGAGUUGUCCACGUUAAAGGACUGGAGAUUUGCUCUCUCUGUGAGCAUCAUCUACUGCCUUUUAUAGGAAAUUGCUCUAUCACGUAAGUUUUAUUAUAGGUACAUCCCUGAUAAAAAGAUGCUCGGUCUCAGCAAACUCAAAAGAAUCUCUGAUAUCUUCGCACGGCGUCUUCAGGUCCAGGAAAGACUCACAGAGCAAAUUGCUGAUGCCAUUGAAAAAGCGAUCCAGCCAAAGGGAGUGCUUGUCGUCAUAAGAAGCGUACAUUUGUGUAUGAAAAUGAGAGGAGUUUGUGAAAAGGAUCCGGAAACUUGUACGGUGGUGAGAAAAGGCGAAUUCGCGAACAAUCAAUUACUCACUAUGCAAUACAUGGCUGAAAGCCAGCAUACUCCGAAACUUUAA